UUAUUGUUUGGGUUUUUUUAUGACUACUUUAUUGCUAAUGGUUUACUGGUUUUUGUGAUAUAGUAUCGGAAAUGUGUACAAAUAGCGAGCAACAGUGAAGGGAUCUCCCAAGACACUUGCUGUUCAGAAAUUUUAUUGUCCACUCAACUCCUUUCUUUUAUGGCUCUAAUUGUUGUCUUCUUUAAUUAUUUAGUAUCACUUGAUAUUACUUUUGGAAACCAUAAUUAUUCUCUCUCUCUCUCUCUCUCUCUCUGAGAAACAUCAAUUGAUUCUUUUAAUCUACAAUUAACAGCGUUACAGAAUUCCCUCGCGGUCUACAUUCACGUACGUUCAUCAUGCUUUUAUGCAAUAGAACGUUUUAAUGCGAGAAACAAUCUAGGUAUAGUGAGAAAUUCCACAAUCUCGUAAUUCCAUUAACACCUCAGCGUAUUUGCAUCUGAUCGAAAUUGCGUUAUUUUGCAGGGUAGGGGAGUUGACAUUGUUUUCAAAGUCGCUCAUUAUUUCAUUUUUUUUAAUAAACCAGAAAAAAAUAAUUAUGCUUUUUUUAAAAAUAUAAAUUAUUGAAUGUGUGAAGAAGAAAAAUGAUUUAAAAGAGUGUUUUUAAACUAAAAUUAGGUUUGUCUUAAAUAAAAUUAAAUUAGGUUGUAAAAGAAAUUUAAUGAUUAAAUGCGCAAUGAAAUGAUGUAAGCUAGAGACUGCUGUUUUGGGUUUUUUAUAGCCCCGCCUAUUUCACAGAUCGCGACCAAUCAAAAAAUUGCGAUUGUUGUAAACAAAAACGCACAUGGUGAAUAGGAACACACUCUCCGGAGAAUCCCCAUUGAUAAGCGUAUCAGACUGGAGAUAACUUGUAGAAUACGGAUAUGUAUCCCCCUUUUUCUUAGACUCGGUUGUUGAGAUUUGUUUAAAGGUAUCAGGAAUUGGACGUGCUUAGGAUCCGACCAGCUUAGCUCUCUUUAUCUUUGUCAACAAAGGCGCGCGCCGGUCCCCGAUUUGCUGUUCCCUAACCCUGCCUCCUGGCGGAGUGAUAUAUUCCACGGCCUCUCUCACCCUCAGCAAUACAAUCGUCAACACGUGAAGAAAGUUUUUUGAGAAUCAAUAGUGAUAUUUUUCACGGUAUAUCGUAUAUAUAAAUCUCCCUUGAGUUUUAUAUGAGCUGUGAAAUGCAAAUGAACGGUGUGUGACAGAAAAACAAAGUAGUGAAAGUUUGAUUUUAUUUAGAAUUUCUGAUGCUCUGACAGGAUUUACCAUUUAUACAGAAUGGAUGACAGAAAUUGGAGGAUAAUUAUAUUUGUUAGCUUGUUUCACAUCGUUUUGUCACAGGACACCUUUUACUUCAGUUCCAAACCUGAAGACAUGGAUGUGAUCGAGGGCUCGGAAGUCCUGCUGCGUUGUGAUGUGUCCAAUCGCCAGCACAUAGUGUUCAGCUGGGCCCACAACAACAAACCUAUAGUCCCCACCAGCCGGCGCUUUCAGGAGGGGAGCCACCUUCAUAUUCUCCGUGUCACACGAGAGGAGGACUCCGGCACUUUUUCAUGCAUUGCGACUAAUAAAACCUCAGGGUAUUCCCUUGUCAGUGAGGCUGCUCUCAACAUACAAUGGAUAGAUAAAAUAGCCACUGUAGAACUGAAGCGCCCAAAACCGGAGGAGCUGGUCCUGAAUACAGAGGUUCUACUGAAGUGUCAAAUCACAGGCAAUCCAGACCUACUGUUUGACUGGUACCACAACACUUUCAGAUUGUUUAACAAGAACAGAAUUAAGAUAUUGGACAAGGGCUCCAAAGUUCGCAUCACAAAUGUUACUGCGGAGGACAACGGCAUCUAUUCAUGUCGUGCGGAGAAUACUGCUGGCGCCCGCUACAGUUCCGAGAACUUCCUGUUGAACGUCAAAGCCCCCGGUACCCCUCAUCUGAUUGAGAGCCAGUUCACACGAUCCCUGACGGUCCUGAGGAAUGACCCUGCUCGUCUGGAUUGUCCAUUUACAGAAGCAGUUCGAGUUGACUGGUUCUCACUCCAUGAAAAGAUAUCCAACAGUAGCAGGUACCAAGUCUUUGAGAAUGGCUCAUUGUAUUUCCCAAGGGUACGGUCCUCAGACGAGGGGAUCUACAGGUGCGAGGGCCUAGGAGCUAACCGGAGAAUCCCCUCCCAAACCUUCACCUCAGAGAUCUUCAUUGCGAGUCUAGAAGAGUUCAAGAUGGAGUCAUUUGAGCCUCGUUUAAUUUCCAACUUUCCAAUUGUCAUCCCCAUGCACACUCGAUUUGUUGUCAAAGUAUUUCCUCCUGAUGGUCGACCAAAACCCACACUGGAAUGGCGGGAUCGAAGUGGUCUAGUUAUUGGGCCAAGUGGUAACAUACAUGUAAACGAAACUGACCUGAUUUUUGAAAGACCACAAGAAAUGGACUCUGGCAAUUACACGGCCAUCAUCCGCAACAUUGCCGGAGAAAAACUACAGAAAGUUUGGAUCAUAGUCUCAGUACCUCCAACUAUUCGGAGACCUCCAUUAAACAUGGCCGUCCAAGAAGACAGUCCAGCCAUAUUGAGCUGUCAAGUGUCAGGAACUCCAUACCCUGUCACCACGGUUAUCUGGGAGAAAGACGGCCAGCUAAUCAGAAUGGGCUCUAUGAGGCACAUCAUUGACUUGGAGCAUGGAACUCUAACAAUACAGCAGACGGAGAUGGCUGAUGCAGGGACGUACAAGUGUGUGGCCAACACCACAGGACAGAGCUUGGUGGAGUCUCAGGGUGCCUACCUCCACGUCAAAAAAAAAUUAAAGUUUUCACCUCCUCCUGAAAAUUCGCACAUUGAGCUAUACCAUGAUGCAUCAGUGACCUGUAAGGCGGAGGGGGACGGACCAGUCCGCAUCAGCUGGAUGAAAUCCUCCCCAGUCAAUACAGCCUCCCACUUCACCACUAUGGGGGGUACCAUGAACUUCUUUAAAGUGCAGAGGUCUGAUGAGGGAAUGUACACAUGCACAGCUUCCAAUGACAAACAAGGCUCCAUUAAUACCACUGUCUACAUAGACGUUGUUGAGAGGCCUAGAUUUCAAGUGUUGCCCAAAAACAUGACAAUCUAUGAGGGCCACCCUGCCAUGUUGCAUUGUGUUGCUAUUGGAGACCCCAGGCCUGAUAUUCAUUGGGACAAGAAUUACUUCCAAGACAUUGACAGCAGCCGGAUCAAGCUGUUCCCCAACGGCACCCUCUUCAUCGCAAAAGUCUACAUGGAAGAUCAGGGAAGAUAUGGCUGCGUAGCCUCCAAUGUCGCCGGCAAAGUUCGCAUCGAGGCCUUUCUGACUGUGACAACAUCCAUUGACUUCACCAUGGGAAAAUCCACAGACGAUGGCUCUGAUAUGAUGAAGACAAUUAUCAUUGCUGUGUGCAGUGCGGGGGCAUAUUUAGCUUUGGUUAUUGCAUUGACAGCAUACUGCAGCUACAGACUCCUGAUGCAAAGGAAAAACAGAAAAGCAACAACCAAGUCAGAAAACGGGCAUCUUGCAGCAGAACAACAUGAGUUACUGGUGAAGGAGCGCGAUAGCGAGUCUCGGAACCAGUGCCGGAGUGACAGCGACAACCGAUCGCAUGCCUCCGGCCUCAGUUCUCACCCCUCACAGUCCUCCUCCUCCUACUCCCGGUCGAGGCGAGGGAGCCUGGACCGACUGGUCUAUCCACGACAGAACCUCUCCUCCAUCGGCAUGUUAGGUAAUGGAGUAUUUGGGGACAUAUUUCUGGCUAAGGCCCGUGAUAUCCGAGACGUGGAGCCGGAGACCUUGGUGGUAGUCAAGUCUCUACUCAUGAAGGACGAGCACCUGUUCUUUGAGUUCAAACAGGAAAUGGAGAUGUACUCCAAGCUGGACCACCCCUUCAUCGUCAAACUGUUGGGUGUCUGUAGGGACCUGGAGCCCCAUUUUAUGAUAAUGGAAUACUGUGACUGGGGAGACUUAAAACAGUUCUUGCUGGCUACAAGGGGUCACAUAAAUGGACGGCCAUUUCCGUCUCGAAUUCCACCUUUGACGCUGGCUCAGAAGCUGACGAUGUACAACCAGAUCGCCCUAGGCAUGGAGCAUUUAUCCAAUCACAGAUUCAUUCACAAAGACUUGGCAGCCAGAAACAUUUUACUGACCUCCAGGAUGGAACUUAAAAUCUCCUCCCUUUCAAUGUGUAGAGACGUGUAUGCUGGGGAGUACUUUUUUCAUAAUCAGAGUUUUCUCCCUUUAAGAUGGACAGCACCAGAAGUGUUGCAAAAGAACGACUAUUCCACAAAAAGUGAUGUGUGGGCGUAUGGUGUGUUCAUGUGGGAGGUGUUCAGUCUCGGGGAACUGCCUUACCCCACGCUGACGGAUGAAGAGGUUUUUAGAAAACUUAAAUGCUGUGAUAUUCAACUACCAUUGACAGAGCAAAUUCCAAUUGAGCUGAGAGAUGUUAUAAGGAAGUGCUUGUCUGAGAACCCAAGAGAUCGGCCACAGUUUACUGAAUUAUGUUUACUUUUGAGCGAAUUGAUGACAAAGUGUCAGACAGUCAACCUACCCGUGUCAAUCUCGCCACAUCCAGUAUAGAGAUUUGAGAGGACUAGCAGUCUAAUCGUUCUGUGCUUACUAGAAUAUUACUUUGUGAUGUGCCUUGGAGUGAGAGUAUUGUAUGUGCGUGUUUUUCCAUUGAGGACCAAGUCUUGUGUAGUAGAUAUUGUUCAAAUGGCUUUUUGUGAUAAUCCCUGCCCUCAUCUCAUUCAGCUCAAUGAUAUAGAAAUCCAUUUUCUGUAGUACUGAAUCAUUAGUGCUUUAUCCUCAGAAUUUGUAGAAUGGCAUGAAUUUUUGUUAUAACUGGAUGAGAGUAGUCCAUUAACUGCGAAGCAUGUAAGGAUAAAAUAUUUUGUAAAGCUAAAUUGAGUUUAUAUGUAUGAUUGUGGAGUGUGUGUGUUAUCUGAAGGUUUGUGAUAUAUGACUUGUUGGCACAAUGCUGGUCCAUAGGGUAACGUCGUUCAUUCAGCAGUAUUGUUGUAAAUGUUGCUCCUAUAUCUGUAUGUUUGUCUAAUUGUUUCUUACUCACUGAAGUCAUUCAGUCUAAAUAAUAUGGUCCUCGUGAUCCUCAAGAGAGGAGAACGGAACAUUACAGUAUAUACCUUUGAACAAGAAUAGUGUAUUGACCACUUGUUUUGCUGUAUGUAUGAAAUAAGAGUUAAAGGAAUAGUGCUUGUUAGUGUUGUCUGUUUAUUUUUCAUGUGUUUAGAGAAUCAUUAAUGUAUUGUGUUUUGCAGUUAUUAUCUCAGAUACAGCUAUGAUGUCAUGCUUUGUGUACCAAACCAAGACAAACAUGUUAACUUGCUAUAUACUUAUAUAGUCCAUUUGUUGCUUUAUUGACCAAAAAGAGGCAAUGUGUUGUUGUAAACAAUCUUGUAAAAGUUUGACAAUUGUAAUUGUUAUCAGUGAAACUCCUUGUGUUAAAACUUUCAUAAAAUCCUUGAAUGUUCAACUGUUUUACAGUAUUACCCAAAAGUGUGUACAUGUUUAUGGAUCAUGUUAAAGCUGCCCAAGAUUUAAUUUCUGUUUUAAUAUUAUGAUCUGUAAUUUAUUGUGUCAGAUCUAUGCAAAUAGUAAUAAAUUACUAUGUAAUUUU